AUGAGAGCAGUGACGAGGAUAGUGGUGUAUGGUGUGGCGAUGGCUUUAGCGAUACAGUACUACUGUUCGUCGUACGGGCCAUUUCCAGGUCAAGUGGGCCAAUUAUGUAAAUAUACAAACCCAGGAAGGUAUACGCCGGUUAUCAAUGAGAUGUUUCCGGAUUUGAAGACGUGGUAUGAUCAACGGGUGGGAAAACAUGUGGAAUUGGUUAAGGUUGAAGUUCCGAGACAGAUGAGGCCUGUUAUGCAGAAGUAUAGAAGGUACUCGGAGAAAUAUCUCACACCAACUGUUAGAAGAGGGAAAGAGUUCGGAUCAUUGGUGAUUGCAAGGGCUCAAGAGUCUGGCAACGUAGCUGUUUCUAAAGUUAUUUUUAAAGCCCGAGUAUACCAUGCAUACGUUUUGUCUCAAUUGCAGCGUCUUUGGUAUUUUAUUGUUUCCAGAUAUGACAUACUUUCUGUGGAGUUCCAAAAUUUGAUGGAUUCUUGGGGUUAUUCAGGCAAUGCAAAUGUUGAUGUUAAUCAUGAUGCAGCUGAAGAGCGAUUGGUGUCAACGAAGACUAGUGAUCUUGCAAAUUCGACGAAUUUAGGUGAUGAGAUUCUUGGCAAUGGAUUUGAGGCUGACGAGGAAACUGUGUAUGUCACUUCAACAAUUACGGCAACAGUUACCUUGGAGGAGGAGCUUGCUACUAUGAAGACUCCUGAAUCUGAAGAUUUGAAUAUCUCGCUGAAGGAUAUGGUUCAGGAGGAGUUCCAAGCUUGGCAACAAGCCAUCGAACGCAAAGCCAAUGACGCUAUAUCCGCCUUCACCGAUGAGGUCAACGAUUAUGAAGCAGAACAACUAACUUCUGUAACACCUGUGUUUAAGCAUAUUCUAGCCGAUAUUGCCAUGAAGAGUAAGGACUACUUCCGCAAGAUUAACAGGGCUAUUCAAGAGAUCAAUUGUACGAUGGAAAUAGAUCCAGAAACCAACGAAACCAUUUGGUUUGACCAAAAGGGCACCCAAUUAAAGGAAUAUAUUACAAGGCCUCUAAUGAGACAGCUCUUUACCGAAGCGAAUGAUGUAUUGUCAAACAUUACAGAUACAAUCCGUGCAAAUUUGAGAGACGUCGUCGAUACAGUAAAUAACGAAGUGGAUGUAAUUCGCGAGGAACACUUGGAAGUCUACGAGGAAUGGGGAGAUGUUAUGAUAUCCGAAUGGUCCAAAAGGAUGGCCUAUAUAGAUGUGAUCGACCACGAAACAGAAUCUGCGGACGAGCGGAUGAGCAACUGGAAGCAAUUCUUAAAGUUGAAGAAGCGUGUAAUCAAAACGCGUGAUAUUCUUAUGGAACACCCAGUGAAGUUUGUCGAGUUGGAAAAGUUCCUAACAGAGAUUCAGACAACCCUCAGAUUCAUCACCCAAGAAAACAGUGAGUAUCUAUACAUUCUGAGAUCUAAAGCCAAUAUAGCAUUCCAAGAACGUGAGAAGCGCGACCGUGCUGGCGAAAAACGUGAGCAAGAGGAACUCCAAACUGCCUUGAAGCAGAAACUGGCAACAGAAGUUACUGUAGAUGGUAUCAUAGUCUUGGACAAUUAUACCUCGGAACAUUCAGUGCAUAAAAGUACAAUAGACCUCCGUCGAUCUAAAACAGCCUCUUCACCUGAUAUCCUUGCUGUAGACUACAACGAAACGAUCUCAGAAACAUUAGUCAACCCACAGACAGUCGAAGCGUAA